AUGUCUGAACAGAGUCCGCUUUUGGAGUCCAGUUCGUUGCAGAGAUACGGGGAGGAGCCUCUGGGGAGGUUGGAAAACGAGGGUUCCUCGCCAGAUACUACCGUGGGGGAAGAGUCCAUCAAGCCUAGCCCUUCGUUUAAAGCUAAACAGAAACAGUUUCUACGAAAGAGGUUCUGGUGGUUUUGUAUUUUCGGGUUGCUAGCGUUUAUCGUGCUCCAGCUUUCGUUUUUGCCCAGGACGUCGCUUAAUAGGGACUUCAGACGCUGGCACGACUUGCACCUUACCCAGACCGACCUUAAACGGAUCUUUUUGGCCCAGUUGAAGAUCGGCCGGCCCGACGAUACUGGCGUGACGAAUGAAGAGCAUAUUGGCGAGUGGCUUCGGAAUUUCACCAGUAUUCAUAGCCAGAAGGGCGUGGUGUUGGCAGAUGGGAAGUACCCAGAAUUGGCGUCUUUUGUUGAGCAGAAGUUCUACCGGUUGGGCUUUUCUACGCUGUCUCAUGAGUACGAAUUGCCCCAGCUGUUACGGUUGCCGAAACUGUCGAAGAUAGAGCUCUUUGAUUCGGAGUCCCAUCGAAUUCUCUACUCAGCCGACUUAGCCGAGGUGACAGACUCUUGGCGCUUCAAACACAAAACCACCCCAGCCUUCUUUCCAUUUAGCUCUGUGGGGUCGGUUACUGGCGACUUCGUGUACGUUCACGGCGGAACGCCGAAAGAUUACGCUUUGCUAGAGCUGAAUGGCAUUGCUGUGGCUGAUAAGAUUGCCUUGAUUGCAAGCCUGGAGUCUCGCGAUUUCUCUGUUACGGAUCGUGUGGAUUAUGCUUUGUUUCAGGGCUGCUUAGCUGCGGUUGUGAUUGGUUCUGAUGACUUUAAACUGACCGUGCUGAGAAACUAUAAACCAGCGGAUAUCCCCGAUGUCCAGAUGCGUGUGCCAGCCAGUUAUAAAGCUAUCUCGCCAAUUCUUGAAGCAUUGGGCCCUGGCACGGGGAACUUUUCUCAGUGGAGAUUCUCUCCGUUGUCACAUCUGCUUAGGUUGAAGGUGACGUCGGAAGCUGGCGGCUACGCUCAGUCUGCUAAAGUCGUCAUUGGCUCUAUUAAAGGUGUAAUGAACGAUGGAGAAAUCAUUAUUGGUGCUUCUAGAGACUCCCUUACCUCGCUUAAUCCCAGCAGUGGACAUGCUAUCAUGCUUGAGGUGAUGAGAGCAUUCAAGAGGCUUCGAAACCUUGGCUGGAAGCCUUUACGUACCAUCAGAUUUGUUUCUUGGGAUGCUUCAAGAAGUGGUCAAUUAGGCGCCAGAGCAGCUUUACAAGAUGCUGAAGUGUUCCCAGAAAAUAUGCCCUUGCUUGCUUAUAUCAACCUAGAUGAGGACGUGGUCACCGGCAGUCAUUUCUCGGUAGACCUGAGUCCAUUGCUUAAUCACAUCAUCAAGCAAGUUGCUGAGAUUGUUCCUGUUUCGAAGAAUUCCACUUCUUAUAAGCGUGUUGUGAAGCCAUCUGUGGAAGAUACUCCAAGUGACGAGGAUGACGAUGAUAACGAAACUUCAUUGUAUCAUUACUGGCGCAAGGAGAGCGGAGCAAAUAUCAAUAACGUACUUGGUGAUGUUUUUACUUCCAAGGAUGCUGGCGUUUUUCAGUUCAAGGGUGACACUCCAGUGAUUAAUUUCAAGUUUUCUGAAAGCUCUCAGCAUAAUGAGUCCACUUAUGUGCCUGAGCUGGACCAUUAUUCCUAUAGCUGGUUGCAAGAUAUCGAUCCUAACCUUGACCUUCAUGGCCUGCUUGUCAGAUUUCUUGGUCUCUUGGUGUUAUCGCUUGAAGAGAGGGAGGUUGUGGACUACCGUCUUGAGCCUUAUCUCGACUUAGCCCAGAAGCGUUUUGAUCUCUUUAAAGAGCAAAUGAGCAAGCAGCUCGAAGAAUGGAAGACAGAAAAGAUCGAUACGUACCUCUUGGAAAAGUCAGCCAUUCUCAAAGAUAUCUUGGACAACAGGAAGUCCGCUACAGUGUUCAGUCCAGGGUACUGGAGCAAUGCCGAUGAAGAAGUCACCCUUGCAGAUGUGUUAACCCAAUUUGGCAAGCUCAUCAAGGACGCCGGCGCCCAAUCCCUUAUCUUCGACGCCUACAACCACGACGUGGAAAACCUCCUCACUGAAGACUACCCAUGGUACAAGAUGCUCAAGAAGGUCCACAUCUACGCCAAGUUCAAGGUCACCAACUACAAACUCCUACGUGUUGAAAAAGACCUUGCUGCCACCGACGACGAUAUAGAAUACGGUGGAGACAUGGUAAAACGCCACUUCAUGUACGAAGCACCAGUCAAGAAUGGAGUCUGCUACAGCGAUAAGGAAAAAGAACAACGAGGAGCAUUUGCAGGGUUUUUCAGGGCCGUUGAAGAAGGCGAUUUGGAGCAACUCAUCAAGUUGAUUGUUAUUCGUUACGAACAUCUCCAUGUGAUCCACAAGAAGAUUCAGUAA